GAAUCUGAUACAGAGCAGGCAACGUUCACAGGUCCUGUUAACCAGUCAUCCAAGUUCAAUUCCUUUGUUUAUAUUCCAAUUGCAGUUAUGUUGGUGCUUGCAAUCGGUGAUUUACAUAUUCCUGACCGGGCGAUGGAACUUCCGCCAAAGUUCCGGAAACUCCUCGCGCCCGGCAAAAUCUCCCAAAUCCUCUGCCUCGGCAACCUCACCGACCGCGAAACCUACGACUUCCUCCGCUCCGUCUCGCCAGACCUCCAAAUCGUAAAGGGCGAGUUCGACCUCUCGCUCUCGCUCCCGCUCUCAAAAGUCGUCACCCACGGCAGUCUGCGCAUCGGAUUCACUCACGGACACACCAUCGUUCCUCCCGGCGACUCGGACGCGCUGUUGAUCGCCGCCCGGCAGAUGGACGUCGACGUGUUUAUCUGGGGCGGAACCCAUCGCUUUGAAGCCUACGAGCUCGAGGGAAAGUUCUUUAUCAACCCUGGUUCUGCGACCGGUGCGAUUUCGAGCGGAUGGUGGGCCGAGGGUGAAUCCCCAGUACCCAGUUUUGUGCUCAUGGAUGUCCAGGGAACUGUCCUUGUGUUGUAUGUCUACCAGUAUAUCGAUGGCGAGGUUAAGGUCGAGAAGGUCUCUUACCGCAAGGGUGGUUAAUGUACAGCGUUUUACUACUUUCUUAC